CUUCAGGUGAACGUAAAAACGAAUACAUCUCUGCCAAGAUGAUGCUGUUAUUGGCGCUCGUGCUCUCCGUAGCCACCGCUCUGCCUGCUCGAAGGCAGACCCAGGACAUCUUCAACAACCUGGACAUCAACAGUGACGGCGCCGUCACCCUUCACGAGGCGGAACAUCAGCUCACCGUGGGUUCCAUCUUCACGGCAUUGGAUGCUGACUGCGACGGUGUGGUCACGAUGGACCAGGUUAAUUUCUACAUGCCGGACAUGGUGGCAGUUCUGUCUCCUCUGGACCUGGACGGAAACCAGUCCCUGACGUCACAGGAAGCACAGACCGCCACUACUAUUGGCAACAUCUUCAAUUUCUUUGACGUCAACGAUGACGGUUUGCUGGAGCGUCCGGAGGCCGCGCGGCUCAUCGAGCUCAUCACCCGCCUCCAGGCCGCCGCUGCCGCCCAGGGCAACACGGGCUGCCAGCCACUAACUGGCUGACUCACCACACCACUGGUACCCUGGGGGCCGCCAGACAGGAUCGUGUAGCUAGCGACUUUAUUCCGUGGGGCCCCAAGGCAGUCAGCCGGCUGACCUCACAUUAUCGCUCCGGGGAGUUAAGCCCGAAGAAGGGUAGU